AUGUUGGACACGAAAUUGGCAUCUGACGACAUUUUCAAUGAAGUUGCCGCAGAAGAUGAAGAAGUUGGCAAGUUUGAAAUCGGUUGGUGGAAAGCUCUUCCAUUGGCGACAAGGUUUCUUUUAAGAAAGAGUGCAUUUAUUGAUGUAGAGAAGAAGAUGAUUUAUAUGCUGGAGAGCAAAUUUGGCAGGGCAUUUUCAUAUACAAUUAAAGGAAUUUGCAAGGAUAUUGAGUACUUCAAACAUUCAUCCCAGACAAUGGAAAUACUCCUAAGGGGUAUUGAGAUGAGUGUCCUUGUCUUAACAAACAGCUUCUGGCCUGCAUUUCGAUCCAUGGAUGUUAGGCUUCCACACAAGCUUAAUGUCUGUCAGGACAUUUUCAACGAGUUCUAUUUGGAAAAGCACAAAAGGAGAUGUUUAACGUUGAUAAGGUCACUUGGUCUUUGUGUCCUGAAGGCAAAGUUCCCAAUAGGUGAAAAGGAGCUCAAAGUGCCACUAUUUCAGGCUAUCGUUUUGAUGUUUUUUAUUGAUGCCCAAAAGCUUAGCUUUCAAGACAUCAAGGAUUCUUCAGAUAUUGAGAAUAAAGAGCUCAGAAAGACUCUGCAGUCUCUUGCAUGUGAAAAAUUAUGUGUACUUCGAAAGAUCCCCGUAGGCAGAAAUGUGAGGGAUAAUGACUCAUUUGUUUUCAACAAAGAAUUUAGUUCCCCACACGACAACAUAAAGGUAAAUCCAAUCCAAAUGGAAUACUUUCUGAAGGAGAAUACAAAUGCUACUACACAAGUAUUCGGCAAUCGUAUAUAUCAGGUCAGAGCAGCUAUUGCCCGAAUAAUGAAGAAAAGGAGAAAGCUUAGCUUAACCGACUUGAAAACUGAGCUCCUCCAGCAGAUAGAGGAGCUCUUUGAACUGGAAUUACUGGAGCUGGACAAGAGUGAUCUGCAAAUAUUGCACUAUCUGACUUGA